CAAAUGGGAGGAUGAAGUUGAAGGAACUCAACCAAGAUCUACAUAAAGGAGACUACUUUCAAACCAAUUAUUCAGGGAGCUUCAACCAAGAUUUCAGAGGAAGACCAAUGGAAAGUUAUUUUUAAAAGUGUCUACGGAGAUAAAAAUCGUGAUAAUAAUAAAUUAUUGUUGGCUCUAGACCCUCAACUGGGGAUUCUUGGCCUAUUAGACCUUAUCUUUGACUACCUUAGUUUAGAAGAUCUUCAAAAAUGCCAAGGAGUGUGAAGAUUAUUCUGCCAAGUAGCAUGUCUCGAUAAACUAUGAUAUAAAUACUGCAGCACAGAGUCUAACCAAAUCGACGAAACAAUGCAAGUCAAUGUGAUUUCUCCAGAUGAAAAUGCUAUGUCAGUGGCUCAUCAUUCUCCUGAGGUCAGAACAAAAGCACUCAUCCAGAUAAAAAAUCAGAAGAAUCAUCAAAGUGGUGAGGUUGCUGUUGAAAGGUACCAGACCCAGAAGCUAUCAGUCGGAGGUUCUCCUACAAGCCCUACAAAGACAUUUACAAGGCCUGCAGAUGAAAGCUUUUUGAAGCCCAAAAUAGUUCAGAAAUUCGAGAAGUAUGGUAACAUGCUUGCUCCCAUUCGGGAGAGUUUCGAACAAGAUGCCUUAAUGAGUGCCCAAAGUCCAAUUUGCAAGAAGAACCCCGAUAUCGAAUUCAAACAAGAUGAUGAGACUUUCUCCUCUGAAGAUAUCUCUUCAAUAGAAUCAUCCAUCUCUUCGAGUGAUACUGAAUCCUGAAAGACAGUGUUUGGCAAAGUAGGUUGCUGAAUAAAGAAGCAAGUUAGCGUUGAUAAGACAUCUAAUAAUAGCGCAUACUGAAAAUCUCCCGCAAUUCCAGUAGCCAAAAAGAUUUUUAUCAGGAUGAAUUAUGGAAACAAGGAUAUGAGAAGGCCCACUCUAGGUAAAACCAUGGUUUUCAAUGAUCACAUGAAUGAGGUUUAUUCAGAUAAUAGUCAUUAUGAGAAAUGUUUGGUGACUAUUGACUCACAGGAUCUCUCUCAUGACAAUUUAAAGAACAUCGUGAAACCUAAACCGAAAUGCAUGUCUAAAUUUGGGAAAAGAUAUUCCUUGGCUGCAAGGCACUCAAGCGUCUUCAGUGAGGAUGUAGAACCUAUGGAAUUCAUCAAGAAUCUUCCUGCUCGGAUGCUUAUAGGACGAGAUCUACAAAGUAUCGAGGAGUCAGUAAAUGAGUCCAGUGACCUAAUUCCUCUUCAGAAGAUUCCAAGCCUAAGAAAGAAACGAAAGUCUGUCAUGCCCCCACCUAUGUCUUCUAAAUUUUUCAGAGCUCAAGGUGUAAGCCCUGUCAAUGAGUCUGAAGAAGGUGCUAAUAACUAGAUUUGAAUAUAAUUUUCAU